AUGGUCCUGGCUAUGGGGAUCUACAAGUAUCUUGAGAGGUGUUUUUCAGACUUUAAGCAGAGAGGCUUUGUUGUUGGAUAUGACACACGAGGUCAGGUGACCAGCAACUGCAGCAGUAAGAAACUUGCAAAGCUCACUGCAGCAGUCCUACUGGCUAAAGAUGUACCUGUGUACUUCUUUUCCACGUACGUCCCUACACCGUUUGUGCCCUAUGCUGUUCAGCAGCUCAAAGCUGUGGCUGGGGUGAUGAUCACAGCAUCCCACAACCGGAAGGAGGACAAUGGGUAUAAGGUUUAUUGGGAAAAUGGAGCACAGAUCACCUCUCCUCAUGAUAAGGAAAUUAUAAAAUGUAUAGAAGAGUGUGUUGAACCAUGGAAUGGCUCUUGGAAUGAGAAUCUAGUAGACACCAGUCCCCUUAGACAGGAUCCUCUGAAGAAAAUCUGUGACUGUUACAUGGAGGAUCUGAAAAAGAUCUGUUACCAUAGGGAGCUAAACAUGCAAACAAAUUUGAAGUUUGUUCAUACCUCUUUCCAUGGAGUUGGACACGACUAUGUGCAGUUGGCUUUCAAAGCAUUUGGCUUUCAGCCCCCCAUUCCAGUACCUGAACAAAAAGAUCCAGAUCCAGACUUCUCUACUGUCAAAUGCCCAAAUCCUGAAGAAGGAGAAUCUGUGCUGGAGUUGUCACUGAGGCUUGCAGAGAAAGAAAAUGCUAAAGUGGUAGUGGCCACUGAUCCAGAUGCAGAUAGACUAGCAGUGGCAGAACAGCAGGAAAAUGGCUGCUGGAAGGUGUUCACUGGCAACGAGCUAGCAGCUUUGUUUGGGUGGUGGAUGUUUUCUUGCUGGAAGGAAAACUGCUCUGAAAAUGCUGAUGUGAAGAAUGUUUACAUGUUAGCGACCACAGUCUCCUCAAAAAUUUUGAGGGCAAUUGCGCUUAAAGAGGGAUUUCACUUUGAAGAGACACUCCCUGGUUUUAAAUGGAUUGGAAGUAGAGUAAAAGAUCUCCUAGAUAAUGGAAAAGAAGUUCUCUUUGCAUUUGAAGAGUCUAUUGGCUUCAUGUGUGGCACAUCAGUGUUAGAUAAAGAUGGCGUAAGCGCAGCUGUGGUCAUAGCUGAAAUGGCAACCUACCUGGAGGGCAAGAACCUAACACUAGCACAGAAACUCAUUGAGAUAUAUGAAACGUAUGGAUAUCACAUAUCAAAGACUUCCUAUUUCUUGUGCUAUGAUCCUCCUACUAUCAAAAGAAUAUUUGAGAAACUUCGGAACUUUGAUUCCCCUCAGUCUUAUCCAAAAUUUUGUGGUAUUUACAAUAUAUUACAUGUACGAGAUAUUACUACUGGCUAUGAUAGCAGCCAGCCGAAUAAGAAAUCGGUGCUGCCAGUGAGUAAAAGCAGUCAGAUGAUCACUUUUACAUUUCAAAAUGGUUGUGUUGCCACCCUUCGGACAAGUGGAACAGAACCAAAGAUCAAGUACUACGCAGAGAUGUGCGCGCUGCCCGAACAGAGUGACAGAAGCGUGCUGGAAGAAGAACUUCAGAAGCUUAUUGAAGCCUUGAUUGAGAAUUUUCUUGAACCUGAUAAGAAUGGACUGAUCUGGCGCUCUGCGUAG